ACAAGGCCUAAACUAAGCUGCCUUUCAUAACAAUCUUGUUUCAGACAUCCUAGACUCGAGAGCAUGCACAAUCACACAAGUCCGAAAAACCUGCACGCUUGCCUAUCUCCCUCGUCUCAUGCGUCCGGCGUGACAGACCGUGCUGCCUCGCUUGUCUUGUCGGCCACCGUCGUAUAAAGAGGACGCGCGCCGCCGUCCUAGUUCCUCAGACGCAACGGAGCCAGACCGUCGUCAUCUGCAGCCAGUGCGAGACUGCGACUGCGAGCAGUAUUAGAUUGCGCGUCCAAGCAAGAGGUGCGGCGGAACAAGGGGAUAGAUGGCCGCUGGACGAGCUGUUGCGGCGGCGGCCAUGGCGGCGUCGGCGGCGGCGCUGCUGCUGCUCGCCGGCGGCGUUUACGCGGACUGCUACAACGACUGCUUCAACGACUGCAUGUCCAGGUUGAACCAGCGAGACUACUGCAGCUACGCCUGCGACAAGGUCUGCUCGCCUGAUGCUGCUGCUGCUGCCGCCACGCUCCCUCGUCCGCGUCCCCUCGCCGCCGUCGUGGGGCCAGCGGCAUCGUUGGCCGACCACCGCCACCCGUCGGACACGAAGCAGGACGCGGACGCUGCUGUCCGGCCGGCGGCGUUGCCCGAGCCCGACCACCCCUUCCACGAGACGCACGGCGCCGUCGAGCCGGACGCAUCAGGGCACGUCAUCCGUCCGGCACGUGUCCCCGUCCUCCCCUGAACGUCGCCGGAGCGGGGCGCGAUGGUAGCCGCUCCUCCGCCAACGGCGAAUGCCACCCGUGUAUAUGCUCGUGGCGCCAUGGCGCUUGAAUGUUAAGCACUACAGAAAGUGUAUGAUGUGUCAAAUGUAUAUGCAUGCCUUGAUUAUCUCACGUUUAUGCAAGGGUAUCAGUGUCAAUUUGAUGAGUGAUUGUCAUGUUCGAACAGACCGAGGAAUGCAUACAGCAGAAGUUUGUUCUGCAAAUUCACGAAGGGUGCCAGUGGGCGGUGGCGAUACAAAGGAUGGCCACUAUAAGUCAUCUCUUCUUUUUUUUUGAAAAACUCUCUAACUCAUAUCCUAGCUGCCUAGUUCACGUCUCUUCUGAAUUAGCAAGGCAUGUCGGAAAUAUUUGGGCUUCUCAACCGAGUUAUCACAAAAAAAAAAGAAAAAAAACAAACAAACAAACAAAACAAAACUUAUUGUAAGCAACAAUUAGACACAACCACACAUAACAGAUGAACAAACAAACAUUUGCACAUAUUAUCCGUAUAUGUACUUCAUAUAAUACAGCAUGUAAAAAACAGUACUUGCAAUUGGUUCAUAUCAGAUAUCUAAAAUAAAAAAAACAUACCCUGGUACUGUAAGUCCGAGCAGGACUUUCUGAGAAAUUAUAAUGUCAAUGACUCUUUACUGAUGAUUCUUUUUAGCCCAAGGUGCGGCCA